UUACACGUUCUCAAAAUACCAGGCGCAUUAAAUCUGCUUUUUGGCUUGAGUGUUAUGUCACGGUCCAUUAAUAAUGACAUAACUAAAAGUCGUUCAUUACACAAUGCUUAGUGAAAUCCCACAUUGACGUGCUUCUGGCAAAAAGACACGAGGUGGGACAUGCUAAAAAUUCUGCUCCACCCUUUCACCGCCUCUGCAUCGUUUGGCCAAAUCCAUCGCGCAAUGUGCAGUUGGCAAAAUUAAAAUGGCAGCUUAAGCUAUUAAAGUGAGCAGCUUUUAAUCAUUGGCUGCAGGAACUCAAGGUUGGUGGAAUAGAAAGGGGAGGGAUUAAAGUCUUUGAAAGGCAGAGCGAAAUCUCCACUCUGAUCUCCGCACAGGGCCCUGCCGCUGCUUGCCGGGAUAUCCCAACCACUGCACGCUUCGCCCCAAAGCGCCCCGACGGGUGUCCAUGGUGCCCACAUUCCUCUCGGAGCGCGGAGUCAGGGAUGCAGCGUCGCCAUGGGUCUCAUGGAGUUCUACCUGGAGAUUGACCCGGUCACUCUAAACCUCAUCAUCCUCAUCGCCAGCUACGUCAUCCUGCUUUUGGUCUUUCUCAUCUCUUGCAUCCUGUACGACUGUCGCGGCAAAGACCCUUCCAAGGAGUACGUCUCCGAGCCCCCGGCCCCCCAGCAGCAGUCUCCCAUCCGGCUCGUGGUGAUGCAAAACUCCCCGGCCUCGUCGCGUUACAACGAGCAGAACAACACGGCUGCCUCCAACUUCGCUCCACUGACCCCUGACAUGCGCGAGAAGAGGAGCACGCUGGUCUGACGCGUCCACGGUCUGCUGAUGAGGGGCUUUCUCUCGGUUUUCCCUUUUGGACACAUGUUUAUCCUCAUAGAAGUUAAUAAAUGCUAAAAACUGAACUUAAUUUGAGCUGAAACAGAGCGUCCAUCUGCAUUCAUUAGUUUAUUGUGGACAAUUUCAUCAUGGAAAUGGAGUUAUUUUAUCCUCUGGACACUGGAUAAAGGCCAGUAGAAGACACAUGUGCAUGCCUGAACAGAGCAAAUGUCCGGACACGUGUACAGUCGUAAUGUUAUCCUCUGAAGAAAUGACAUGUGAUUUUGCAGGUUUGUCAAAGGCAUGAAUGCUGCCCACGUAGCGUACAACACUUCGGUAUACAAGUUAGGCUAUACGUUUUGAAUGUGUUCAUUGUGAAGUUUGAAUGUGUGUGUUUGUAAGUGUGUAAACGUAUAUAGAGAAUACAUUUACAGUAUUUAAAGUAAUAGAGUAAUAUUGUCUUGGUUUAAACAAUACAUAGGAGAUUCAAAUUCAGUCAACGUUGAUUACACUACUUGUCUAAAUCAGAGGCAUUUUGCUUUUUUCCAAAGCAGCGUACUUUGCAUUCUGUGUUUAUAUUUUGUUAGGCAUCUUGUGUUCCCAAGGAGUCGAAACCGUGACAUUGGCUUUGCUAACACUAUGAUUCUGAGCACUAGUAAAACAUCUAAAUGCAAUAUAUUUAUGAAAUAUAUUUAUGAAGUAAUAAUAGAUGUUUUUUUUCUGGAAAAAAGUACAAAUAUUUUUCAGUAAAUAGAUUUCGUUUUACAAUUAAGUGGUAAAAAGUGGUGUGACUCAUUUAAUUACUGUUCUCACUAAAAAUAGUAAAUUUCUGAA